AGUGCGCAGGCUCGGUGGGGAGGGAGACUGAAGCCAGGAACACAACCGAGUGUGCAAGCGGAGAGGAUAGAGAAGGGCUGGCUGAGGACUAACUAAGGCAGGAAGAGGGACGGCGUUAUCGCACUCCUGCUCCUUACUCUCCUCUCUCCGUCACGCUCCAUCGCUCUCUCUCUCUCUCUCUCUCUCUGUGUGUCCGGGCGGCCGUGUCGGACCCCUCCUUGAUCGCUGUUGCCGGGGCUGUGUGUGGAAUGAGUGUGCCCGCGCGCCACCAGAGGGACACGGCAGUGGAGGCUGCUUCAAGGGAGAUCCGACCGCGCUGAGGAAGGCAACCGCAACCGCUUCGACCACGGCUGCACGGCUCCCGACUCAGAGGGCGCCCCCGUUUCAAGCGGUCCCACCACCACCGCCACCACCUACCCACCCACCAGCACCCAUCCACCACUAGCACCACCACCUCCGGGGUCACCAUGGAAGCCCCGCUCGUGUGCCUGGACGAGGAGUUCGAGGACCUGCGGCCGUGUCGCAUGGAGGACCCGGGGGACGACCACGACCACGACCACGACCGCGACCACGACUCCUCCUGCGACUCCUCCACCUGCAGCGUCUUCGUGGCGCCCCCGCUGGUGCCGAUCACCCGCGAGGACUUCUCGGAGCUGGAGAACUUCUCGGAGAUGAUGAGCUUCAAGUCCAUGGAGGACCUGGUCAACGAGUUUGACGAGAAGCUCAACGUGUGCUUCCACAACUACAACACCAAGACCGAGUGCCUGGCGCCCAUACGCAGCCAGGCGCACACGCAGGAAGACGAGGAGCGGCUGCAGGACGAAGAUGUGUGGGAUGCCCUGACUGACAACUACAUCUCCAGCUGGGACAACCCGAGCUCCGAGGCGCUCAACGGCAACCUGUCUGACCAAGAGAUCCAUGAGAAGGAGGAAGAGGAAAUGAACGAGAAGAACGACAAUGCCAACUGCCUGAACGACGAACCGCUCAUCACAGCUGAUCAGGUGAUCGAGGAGAUAGUGGAGAUGAUGGAGAACUCUCCUGACCCCGGGGAGACGGAGGAGGAGGAGGAAGAGGAGGAGGAGGAGGAGGAUGAUGAGGAGAGCGUCCAUUGUUCCCCCAGCGACAACCCCUCCCUGCUGGAGGAGAUCCGGCAGCUGUCCCAGGCCUCCAACAACAACCGCUCGUAUGAGGGCCUGAGCCUGAUGCCGGCCUCCUCCCUGGAGGAGCUGCUGAAGCGCGUGGAGACGGCCAUCCUGCGCUACUCGGAGGAGCUGGUGGGCCAGCUGGCGCGGCGCGAGGAGCUGGAGUUCGAGAAGGAGGUGAAGAACACCUUCAUCACGGCGCUGAUGGAGGUGCAGAACCGGCAGAAGGAGCAGCGGGAGGGCAGCCGGCGCCGGCGCAGGGACAAGGGCCUGAGCCUGCAGGCGGGGACCAUCACCACCACCACCACCACCACCACCACCGGGGGAGGGGGGGGCACCGGAGGGGGCGGGGGCGGCCACACGGCGGGACGCACCGAGAAGACCGCCGGCAUGCCUGCCAAGCGCUUCAGCAUGGAAGGCCUCUCCAACAUCCUGCAGUCCGGCAUCAGACAGACCUUCGGAAGCACAGGGAAUGACAAACAGUAUCUCAACACGGUGAUCCCCUUUGAGAAGAAGGGCACCCCACCGGCGGUGGAAGACCUGCAGAUGCUCACAAACAUUCUUUUUGCCAUGAAGGAGGACAGUGAGAAGGUGCCUGCACUCCUAACUGACUACAUAUUAAAAGUCCUAUGUCCCACCUAAACCUCCACCGUCCGCGGUCCUACGUGUGACGGAGAACAUGAUCCCAGAGCUUUUCCUCCACCUGGUCCCGAGCUGCAUGAGCUAACCAUCUGUACCCUUAUCAGCCAUGGGUCCCCCACCGCCGACAUUGUCCUACCUUUGCUCACCUAACUAUGAUUACUGCCUUUCGCCAGGGGCUCCCCCCGCCCCCUCCUCCUCCUGCACAAUAUAAGCUCAGGCCAGACUCCAAAAUGGCCGCCCGCCGCCCGAAUGCUAGCCCAAUGGUGCGCAACCGGCUCCUCUACUUUUAUAGGACUUUACUAACAAAUUUCCUUCUCGAGAGCACGACACGCUAUUAAUGUACGCCAAAACACUUGUCUUUAAAUUGUUAAAAUUUUGUUCAUUUCCUUUUUUUUUGUUUCAUCUUCUCCCAUUGUCUCUUUUAUAUUUCUUUCCCCUCAACCCCUCUUUAUUCUAUUGCUCUAUUCCUUUCUGUACCCCUUUCUUUCUCUCUUCCCGCCCUCCCUUUAUCCCCUUUCUUUCAUGGGCUCCGUUUCAAAGGUGACCUCUGAACGGUAGUCUUGGCCAUUCAUGCCCCUGUUCAUUGACCCACGAAGCAACAUCCGUAUGAUUAUGACCCCCCUCCAUUCACAUGCACUGCAUCUACUAGUAUUGUCUGUGAAAAAGGGUUCACAUGAAUCAUCUGAAUACUAAAAGCCAUGCACCUUUUUCUGCCAAUCCAGUACUGUAGUUCCAUGGGAAAUAGAAAACAUUACGGGUGCCGGAUGUUUGUUUCGUUUGUCCAAUUUUUUGCCAAGAUAUUAAUAUCCAGUGCUCUUCUGAUGUUUUUUUUUCGUUUUUGUAAUUUCUGUUAGAAAUGGAUUUAAUAUUUGAUAUAUAUACUCUGUUGCAGAUUUUUUAUACUUUAGUUUUUUUCUUUCUAUGAAACAAUGCAUUCCUCCCCCAUCUAAACCAUGUGGGCGUUGAUUACAGAAUUAACUUAAAUGUCAUUUUUCCUGACAGGACAAGCUCAUUAAAGAGGCGUACAGAUUGAGCAUAUAUGCCCUUCUUUGAGCCAUGUAGGUGAAUGUUUAAUUGCUAAUCGCCUAUUCUAAUAAACAGUAUACCCGU